UCCGCCUCAGGUCCUCCUUGGCUACCGUAGUCGGCUGGCUGUUCGGCUGGGAGUUCCCGGAAGUGUCUUGAGCAGACGGUUUCCGAUGCUGGUGGGGAAAAUGGCGGUGGCUACAGUGUUCUCUGCUUCGACGCGGGGAGAAGCUGGGAGGUGGGAGUUUGCCCCUGGUUGUUCUGCACUGAGCCAAGGAUGAGUGAUGAAUGCUUGUCCUGUCAAGGCACAGCCGGUUGUCUCCCUUGCUCAGGGGGACAUCAUUCAAACGCUUCUACAGAGGUGACAGCCCAACAGAUUCCCAAAAGGACAUGAUUGAAAUCCCUUUGCCUCCGUGGCAGGAGAGAACUGAUGAAUCCAUAGAAACCAAAAGAGCCCGCCUGCUCUAUGAGAGCAGAAAGAGGGGAAUGUUGGAAAACUGCAUUCUCCUUAGUCUUUUUGCUAAAGAACAUCUGCAGCACAUGACAGAGCAGGAGCUGAACCUCUAUGACCGCCUGAUUAAUGAGCCUAGUAAUGACUGGGAUAUUUACUACUGGGCCACAGAAGCUAAACCAGCCCCAGAAAUAUUUGAAAAUGAAGUCAUGGCACUGCUGAGAGACUUUGCUAAAAACAAAAACAAAGAGCAGAGGCUGCGUGCCCCAGAUCUUGAAUACCUCUUUGAAAAGCCACGUUGAGCUGUGCCCCACUGCCUGGCAUGGGAGUUCAGUCUGCGGACGGUAACUGCUUAUGAUGGACCUUAGCCCUGGCUUCCGGCUUUUCCUUAGAUGCCCAACUGCCCCACCCAAGACAAUCAGUCCUUCCUCAACUGAUGGACACAACCCUCUCCUAGGACAUACAUGUAAAUGUGCAGUGUGACUCAUUCUCAUACUUUUUUUUUCAGUUCUGAGCCUCGAAAGUGAUUUGUCAGCAGUGCUGGCAUGCAGGCCUGCCGGCUUUGUCUGGCUGCUAUCUCUAGAGGCGAGUCUGCCACGAGAGGGCACUGCAGGCGAAGCAAUUUUGCUUGCUCAUUGCCUCAGCCCAAGUGUACUCAAAGAAAAGAGGCAGCCAGCUGUGCGUGCCAUAAGGCAAGCCACCCUCCCUCCCCGCAGCCCCCUGCCCGCAGUGGCCCAGGGCUUUGUUGAAGUGUAACUCCCCGCUUCCAACCUGGUAUGGCUCCUUCUGCAAGGCAAGCUGAUCCCAGGCUCCUGAGCUGAAUCCUUCAGAGGCACAGCAGGCAGAAUGAGGGCCCUGGGCAGGAAUGGCGUGGGCAUGCUGCUUAAGAGCUAACAUCUUCAUCAUCGGGUUUUCUUUAAAAUGUGCACUUUGUAAAUUGAAAGAGAAUUAUUAAAGAAUACUGAAAAAAGGAAAUUUAGAAUUC